AUGGUGAACACUAAGAUCCACUGCACCGCGUUAGUUGGAGCUGCUACUCUAUUUCUCAGCGGUGUGAAUGCUCACGGGUAUCUCGGCCAGCCUGCAGUGGCCUUCCCGAACGACGUUGACAAGACUCAAUUCAUCGCUACGAUCGAGGCCAGCGCUUCAGGAUUGUCAGGAUCGUUCAGCGGGUCACCCACGGCAAACACAGAAGCCUUCUGGACGGCCUUCAAGUCGAGCAAAUUCACGUCGAUCAAGGAAUUCGUGACGGAUUUGGGCCAGGUCGUGGCCAUUGGCGCCAAUCUUCAGUGUGGCCUCACCAAUCCUGACGAAACAGCACAGCCUCUUCCGGACGAGAUCGAAUGGACUCACUCGGACACUGAAGGGUUUACUUCCUCCCAUGAAGGUCCGUGCGAGGCCUGGUGUGACGGCACCCAAGUGUUCCAAGACACAAACUGUGCCGCACACUUCACCACCGCCCCGGCAAAAAUGCCUUACGACAAGGCUGGAUGCUCUGGUGCGAACCGGUUGACGUUCUACUGGCUUGCUCUGCACUCGUCUACAUGGCAAGUCUACGUUAACUGUGCCGCGCUCGAAGGUGGUAGCGGCUCGAACACUCCUUCUGAGUCAAACACCACCACCAGCGGAUCGACGGGGCAGUCGAGCACUCCGACAGUCACCACUGCGACGCCAACAACUAGCACUGCUACUCCUACGGCGACUACAUCUGCCCCAACAGCGUCUGGUAGUGUUGGCAAUGAAGCAGAAGAAGACUGCGACUCUCUCGAUGUUGCUGGGAGUGACGAGGAGGAUGGUGGAUCUCUUGAUGUGGCUGGCAGUGACGGCGGCGAGGUCGGUGGUGACGCAGAAACGAUUGAAGAAGACUGCGGCUCACUGGAUGUUGCUGGCACUAAGGACGAGGACUGUGGAUCUCUCGAUGCUGCCGGUAGUGAGGCGGAAGAGGCCACCACCGUCUCGGAAUCGUCGCUGAACUUUGACAACGUCGGUGGUAAUUACAUCAGCGGCAAGGUUCAACCGCAGAAGCAGAACUAGAGCGUGAACGACGCGAAACAUUAUCUGUC